GCGAUCUCCACGACACAGGGGGCUGCCCGUCGAAAGGCAAAGGCAAAUCGGGAAACUGAGUAUCGUUGGGAGUGAAUCGAUGAUAUCUUUCACGUCUUUGGAACCGGUCGCUUCGCGGGUGACCGUUGUUCGUUGUAAGGCACAUGCAGAAGUCGAUAGUCCUCCUCUUCUAUAUAUUCUUAUGAGGACUAUGCUGCCCGGCUCAUUCCUAUGCUGGGUACUCAUGCUCAAGGACAAGACGUGUGUGCGGCAUCUUCUCCGUCCGGCAGCGGCGACUUAUCGUCUUCAAGUGGUUCUUCACGAGAUUCGGCGCGCGAGUUCAACAUAGAGGUCUUGGACCUGCUCACGUCGGAGGAUUUCGCAUGGCUUCCUCUCCCGACCACGGGCCACUUGCCGCGAUCGCAAUGCGCAGCAUUAUGCGCUCAUCUCCACACGUAUCUAUCCUUCUAUGCACCACCAACUUCGUCGACGGAUGAUGAAGUUGCACUGGGAGACAUCCUUGCGUAUGUUACCAAGGUGGCGCGCGAGUUUCGCAAGCAGCGGUACGAUGACAACAAUGCACCGUUCCUCUAUGUCCGCAUCCAAGUUGGGCAAGCGUCCUGCAGCGCUUUGCUGGAUAGCGGAGCGACUCGCAAUUUCAUGAGCCAAGCCUUUAUGCAAAGGGCUGGCCAAGGCGCACAAGUUCGGAGGAAGGCAAACCCGACGGCGAUCAAGUUGGCGGACGGAAGGACGCAACAACUUAUCGACCGUUACAUCGAGGCCGUACCGGUCUACUUCGCCCCUCAUGCAUGCGAACCGGUGACGUUCAACAUUUUGGGCACGGACUUCGAUAUCAUUUUGGGAAUGCCUUGGCUUGCAAGUGCGGAUCACACGGUCAACUUCCACCGACGGACUCUUACCGUUCGGGACGCCUUCGGUGCCGAAGUGCCAUGUACUAUUCCUCUUUCGCACCCUUCGAUCCGGUGCCAAGUGGUGACGGCCAAGUCGUUCCGGGCUACUUGCGCUUACGAGCAGCCCGACGAGAUAGGCCUAUGCUUCCUAUCGACCGUCGCGGUAGCCGAUUCUUCCCCCACGGACUUGUGUUCAGACCCCCGUGUGGUGCAGUUGCUUGACGAGUUCACCGACAUCUUCGAUUCACCUACCGGUGUGGUGCCGGAUCGGCCGAUCUCUCACGAGAUCAUUCUUGAGGCCGGUGCCGUGCUGCCGAAAGGCUGCAUUUACCGCAGCUACGGCAACAGGCCGACCGAAUACUUGGUACACUUUGCGUACUACACCCACAAAGCUGACCGUUGGUUGACCGGUGCGGAACUCCAAGCAACAGCUCUAGAUGUUCUCGCAGGCUACGAAUGCAAGAUGCAAGGCAAGCCGCUAGCAUGUGGUUGGCAUGCUUUCUUCUGUGAGGAUUAUGAAGGUCGUGAUGCUGCCGUCUCACCGCAAGCACCAAUUGAUGUCAAACCACCUGGACCAGCAGAUUUUUAUCUGGAUCAGAUGUUCUUGUUUGAGACCUCGCAAGCCGCCACAUCUGUGGACUCUGGUACGUCCAUAAUGCCACCUGCAUCAACAAUGCCUAUGGGGAAUACCAAAGGCCCGUUUGAUCGGCAGAAUUCCACCCAAGGGACACAUCUGAACACGGCAAUGACCGCAGCUGCUGCAGUGACAGCACAUCAUUCAUCAGCUUCAGCAACUUCCAUUCUGUCUGGCUCUUCACCAAGCUCAUGCAUUCUUCCAAUCUCAACGAGCAUCACAUCUUCAACAAUCUGCACUAGCUUGCGCAUACCACGCUCGCCUAUUGCUCUAAUUACAACCCCCUCUCUCCAGUCUCCAUACUCAACGUCACUGGGAGCUCAGCUCAUUCAAAUGCCUGGAGUAUCAGCAUCUUCGUCUCCUCCGCUCUGUUCCAGUACUAUUGGAGGGAGUUUCAAUAGUGGAGUGCUGCUCUCUCCUCUUAUGGGUAUUGGGACAAACUUCUUCAUGUCGCCAUCACCAAGGUCCAAAGAUCUGAUGGUUGGGAUGUCGCCACAACAGAUACCGUCACCUCCAAGCAAACCAGAGGAGCUUUCAGUGGUGCCUGAUAUCUUACGAAUCGAUUCAGAGUUGAAGAGUGAUAUAGCGAACACUCAGCCCAGCAUUGAGCCAGAUCCGGGUGUGAAUCUUGAGGACUCAGCAUACGCAUGGGGUGUUACAAUUCCACACCAAGACCCUGACCUUACGCUUGUCAAGACGGAGUUAAUUAACAAGCCAGCAAUCGACACAGCCAAUCUUUGUGACAUAAUCCGGGGAAGGGGGAGUCGGAAUUGAGCUGUGGGUGGGUUUCCAUCCAUGCAUGGACAUAAACUGCAGCUCUGUGGCAGGGCUGUGGCUGCGGCUGCGGCUGCGGCGGAAGCUGAGCACGCUGGGAAAAGGGGUCGGUUUUCUUGCGUACGGAGGGCGACGACGAAUGAAGAUUUCGGAGCGCUGGCAUCGAAGGAGUCAAUUGGCAAUUUGUAGCUGCUCAUCUCCUCUUUGGGUAUGUGGUUGCAAUGAAAAGGCGUUCAAAAUGAUUCAACAACAUACUUGGCUAGUGCCAACUGGGCAGACAAGAUGACGUUAUCCUGAAUGGAUGAGUACGAUCUAACAGUUGCACAUGCGGCCAUUCUAAAAUCGCAGAUGACGCAAAAGACGGGCUUCUGAAUGAAACUGAAAUUUUCAAGCUUGGGAUGGAUAUUUUUCACAAAAAGGAAGAUGAGUGACAGCUGUUGCAAUUCUGGAAGUCCAACCUUGCAGGUCUGUGACUGUGGUGGAAGAGUUGUUGCUGGAUGGCAGCAGAAGUGUGAAAGCUUUGUGGAAAACAAGGGCGUACUCAGGGGACAAUGUUUUCUACUGAACUCUGGCCGGAAUUGCUCUAAGGUUCAUCCAGGUCUGCCCGUCAUUGCAGUCAGAUGCAUUUGGGAAAAGUGCUAGUGUGAGUAUGCAUGCCCUAAUACUCCACAUCUGCCAGUGGAAACAAUCUAGCAGCCCUCAAAGAGGGGUAGCAGAAGCAUUGCUGUUUUUCGCACAAGUAGAGCGAGGAGGGCGGGGGGUUGCGUUUAGGUUUUCUCAAGCAGAGGGUGUAGGUGAGGGAAGUGGCUAUGCAGAACUUCUUCACAGAGGCUGUUUAUGGCCCCGCACGAAGAAGAGCGUGAUUGUCGACGUGGAAGGUAUGAGAUGAUUGACACAAUGAGGGCAUCACUCUCAGACAGCCCAUUCAGAAAAGACACGACGCAGAUGCGGCAGAGAGAGUCGAUAAGUCUUCUUAAUACCUGAAAAAAAACUGAGCCAUGAGAGUGAUGGGCAAACGACACGGAUUUUGGUUUCAAUAACUGAACAGUGAAUACCUAUAUAUAUACAGUAAAGACGGAAAGUAUAUACCAUUUCGGUAUAUACGAUUUCAGUGAUUUCACAUAUUUGUGUACAUGUCUGGAGGAGUCAGAACAUGGCUGUUUUUGAAUGUGAACCAUGCAGGCAGGAUAGGCGUGAUGAGCUUGAGGGAGUUGUUGCGCGUGCAUCAGUGCACUGAUGAGUGAGGGGUUCAACCUAUGAGCCGCUCUGUUUGUCUCCUCCAGAGGACAUUGCAGUGUCCCCUCUCCUAUACCCAUUUGACAUGGGAGUGACAUUAGCGUGAGAAGUAGAAUUAGAUCUAGGCUUCGGAGAGUUUGAAUUCAAGGUAGACGUAGAGGUUAAAGUGCCCAACACACGCACACACACACACACACACACACACACACACACACACACACACACACACACACACACACACACACACACACACACACAUGCACACGCAUGGCUGCUUUCUCUUUUCAUGCAUCUUCUUUUCAUCCGUUCACCAUCGCUUGUUCAGGGCGACUAUUGUCUGAUUCUGCUGGGCAACUCAGGCCCACAACAGCAGAAGCUUAAGGGCACAUGCAAAGCUUAAAUCAAGAACAAACUGGAGAUCAUUGACUCCAAGGGCAGAUGGUAGCGGUCUCCUGUACUUGACUUGAGUUCUUUGUUGCUCAUCAAUCAGAUACCAAGCAUGUGAUGCACGUGCAACCAUACGUUGCAAGUCUUCUGAUCGACGAGGUCACACUUUGCUGGUAACAACAUUUCAGACCAUUUUUCAUGCUCCAUUUGGUGCAAAUCGGCAAGUAAUUCUCGUACUCUACACGAAGAAGCGCAGUCCGCAAAGGUCGAUCUGGAAGACAAAGAGUGCCAUCGAGGGCUGUGGCGUUUAUGAGCAAGAUCAUCGUCCAUCAGAUAAUCUUCGUUGCCUUUGAGCGCUUCAAAUGCAAACCUUCCUUAUGGCCUACAAAGGCCUGGAAUCGGUAGGGAAGAGUAGAGGGAGAGAUGAGACCCAGCAGAGAGGAGCGAGGAGCACAUGCAGACGGGAGCUCAAGGGGAGAAAGCGUGGAAGGUCGUAGGGAGGAUAUAGGUACAUUGGGACGGAAGUAGGCUUCAUGGCACUCAAGGAUCCCAAUCUUAUGAAGGACGCAUGAAAGGGGGAACUCUGUGCUUGACAACGAUACAAACUGCUUUUCUCUGCGAAACAAGAGUAAGAACAAGAGUUACCUCACAUAGUCUUGAUUUUGUUGGCCUUUUAUUUGUUUCUUUUUUGUUUCUUUUGUUUCCUUUUUCAAGGUUUCGACUUAUGUGAUUCGGAGUAGCGAUAGCGUCAGGAAGAAAUCCCUACAGGGAAGAUGCGUAGCAGCGCAAGGCAGGUGCUGUUCCCCAAGCCAAAUGGCUGGCACGUUUAUGUGGGGAGUUUAAAAGGGUUAUCGGGAUCGAUGUUGUGUGUGCUACAGGUGUUAUGUCUGGCCAUUCGGCAGACAAAGGUUCAGCUUCGAUUCCGUGAUAAGGUAUAAUCUGAAAUUCAAGACCUUUCUUCCUUGGGGUUGUUCAAAGUUCAAACCACUCCAUCCAGUCCGCACAUGCCUUCUCUCUGCAGAGACUGCCAUGUGUAAGUGGAGAGGAUUAUCCUAUCAGGAAAUGGAAUGUUUUAUCUAUCCCCUCUGGAAAUGAAUUGUCGAACGCUUA